GACGGCGGGGAGAGAGAGUGACAGCGAAUAAGAGCGUUAUUAAGUACGGCUCCGAAGCGUGGCUGCACAUCUUUCAAGGGGUCCAAAAAGGAAAAGAGAACAUCUCUCCUCGUUUGUCCACAGCGCAAGUUUGUUUUGAUGGUGAGCGGUGGUGGCGGUGGUUUCUUUGUUGUUUUGCUUUAGGCUCGUCCUUUAGAAUAAAAACGCGCUGUAGCCGCCGUGCUGUGAAAUGCUCUAGCGGCGAUAUUUUUAAGCCGUCGGUCAAUCGAUGGCCACGCGGACAGAUUCGAGUACCAACAAGAAGAAGAAGAAUCGAAAAUAAAGUAGACGACGUAAUAUAAAUAUGCGCACAGAAUUUCAAAACGGUAACGCGACACGUUCAUAGCGACCAGUAAUAUCGCUCGUCUCGCAACACCCCCCCCCCUGCCAAGACAACCUCACAUUGUUCGGUACGAGCUCUCGGCGUGAGCCGACGGGAGUGUGGUACACACACGCGUGCGCGCGGCAUAUCAUUACCACACGCGGUACACGUGUGCAAACGCACGUACGCGCACACAGACACACAGGCACACACAGACACGCGCGCGCUACGUACCUGCGCUGGAGAACGCGGUCGACACGCCGGACAGCUCAUUCAAGGUGGGGUGGGGUGGGGUGGGAGUCGGGGGGGGUGGGGGAGUGAAAUCCGACGGACAAGGGGACUCGCUCACUGAGCGAUCUGCGCUCAUAAAGUCACAGGUCAGAGCGCUCAGUCAAAGGGACACCACCACGAGCAAAACCACCACCACAAGCACCACAACAACAACAACAACAACAUCACAACAACAUCCGGCCUGCACACGUGCACCGUUGUACUUACAGAUCACGGCUGCAGCAAGCUCUCCAAAAAGGCAGGAGGGGAGGAGGCAGCGAAUGAAACUCGACAAAUAUAGCGCAAUUCACGGCACAAUUUGGAUCCGUAUAUUAGUCCAAGUAAAUUGACUUGCAAUUGAAGUUACGGCGACAGUAACUGCCAAUAAAUAGCAACACUAAAUCUGCGCGCCGCGAUCAAAAAGGGGACCGGGUCUGCGCGUGGAGCAAAAGCUACCGGCUGCUUUCCGCGUGCCGACGGCGCGCUCAGAAGAGAGCCGUCGUGGGCGUCGUUCCGUGGCACGCGCGGCAAUGCCCUUCCUCUGGAUCCUUUUGUGCGGCGCUUGCCUCGGUGGCCGCACCCCCUUUGUAUCCCCCGCGAACCCCGCGGCCGAGUCCCACGGUGGCGGCGAGCAGUGCCGCCUCAAGACGGUGACGGCGUCCAGCGUGCCCGCCGCAGGCGCCACCCGGCGAGAUGGGCAGACUCCCGGCGGUGGGGACGCUGGCGAGAAGGUGUCCCUGGCGGUACGAAGCGAUUUCCCGGGGGAGCUGGCCGUGGUGGACGACCUGCAGAGCUCCGAGACGCCUUACUUCGUUAUUGAAAUCUCAGGCCCCAGCGAGGAGAUCGCGCGCGUCUACUGGAAGCAGGCAUGGCUCGCGAACGGCACGUUCUACUUCCACGUCCACGCCCGCGACGCAGCCUCUGCCGCGGCAGCGCCGCCACCCCGGACUCCAUUGGGCCCUCGUGGACCCACGCAGCCUACCCUGCUGGAGCACGAUCGAGGUCACAUGCUGCGCGUCUUCCUCAUGGGUGGGCUGAUCGCCCUUCUCCUCCUCGUCCUGCUCGUCAUGCUGGCUCUCUUCGCCCGUCGCCGCUGGCGCCAGCACCCAAGCAGCGGGGGCAGCAUCUGCUGCCCUCGAGGGGCGAGCGGGCAGUCCAAGAUGACCUGCCCGGCCGGCGCCGAGCUGGCCAACAACGAGAUCCACUACAUCCCGUCCGCCCUGCUCGGCGGAACCCAGACGCAGGAGCGCAGGCUCGUCACCGCCGACGGCCGCACUCACAUCCAGAAGCAGAGCGCUCAGCAAACGCAGACACAAAUGCAGCAGCAGCAGCCGCAGCAGCAGCAGCCGCCGCAACAAAGGCCCAUGCUCUUUUCGGCUUCGCUUGGCACCAAGUGCUCGUCUACCUGCCGACGGUGCAGCCCCGAGGAGUUUGCCGGCUUUUGCCCCGCGCCUCUGGUGAACCGCCGCUCCGUGUCGGCGAUGCAGCAGCAGCAGCAGCAACAACAACAGCAGCAGCAGCAAAACCGGCCGCCCCAGCGCCAGCUGCAGCACGAAGUUCCACUGCUCCUGGGCCGCUUUGCUUGCGGCCCGGGAGGGGUCGCGGGACACCAGACGGAGCUCAGGCUGCGCCGAGAGGCAGCGUGCGAGCUCGGGAUGCGCACGCUCGCCGCGCCGCAGAUGGGCAGGGCUGUCGUGGCAGCGGGAACAGACGGGGAGAAGGACCGGGAAAAUCAUUACUACACACAUCCAACAGAGACCCGGCCGAGCCUGCACUCCACCGUCUAACUCGCACGUGCUUAACCCACGUCCGGCUUUAUUAAUAGGUAGAUAGAUAGAUACGUGCGUGGAGAGAGCGAGCACGUGCUGUAGGUGUCGGUGCUGAUUACGCUUGGUCAAUGUCAUUAUUACCACGGAAUUCAAUAUCCCAUUAAGACGCGCUUGCCAGCAAAUGAUCAGUGGCAUUCUGCCUGUACGUCUUUUGGCAAAAACGCAAUGGCUCACGGGUGCAUCCAGGUUCCGUCUGCCCGCCUCUCAGGUGCGGUUUGCCGUGCUUCGUGUUAAUCGUUGGAUGUUGUCAGCAUGGGCUUCUUUGAACAAUGAAUGGGGGUCCUGGCUGGAAUUGCUUGAAUUGUGUGGACGCAAUGUAAGUUUCAGCGGGCUCCUCCUCCGUCAUGAUGGAUACACGCGCGCGCUAUCUGUGGGAGUCAUGCAAUGGCCUCGUUAUCGCGAGGCUUAAACAAAAGUAUGUGUUUGGCAGCAAACCCAUCCAUCAGCAUUACUUGCGCUUUACACAUUUUAAUGCGUCCAAUCUAAUAGCGGAGGACACACGUGGUACGCCGAGGCGCUGAAUAUUUAAUUCUAAUGUUCUGGUGCAUUAGGAAGGGAAUGCCACGUGGAUGUUUUAACCGAAACGAUAAAAUACGGAAAAUUGGGAACAAAUAAAUAAAUGGAAUCCAUCAAACCGCCGCAGAAUAAAUACAUCAAUAUUCGGCGGACAAGGUUAUUCGGCAGACGGGUGACUUGUUUUCGGUACGAGAUUUCCCGCCGUUACAUCGGCGGCCGUUAGGCAGCGUUCGGGUGGUUAGCAAGAUGCGGUGUGACAACAGCAUUCAUCUUGGAGCCAUCAGUGGCUAAACUCGAUGCAGCACACAUCUCCCCUUUUCCAGUCCCCAGAGCCUUCCCCCCUUUCUGCCCUCUACUCUAUAGAGGCUCUCAGAGCCAAUGUCAGAGAGCACAUUCCAUUCCAUCAGGUCACGGAAUCCGCACCGGGAUUAACCCUUUCACCGGUGAUACUGCGGCAGGGGACCGUGGCGUGCGUUGAUCAGACGACAGCGGGUGAGUCAGCGGAAACCUUUGGCGGGCAGCCUCGACUCCCCCUACCUGUGCACGGCUGCCGCGGUUUUAAUGGUCAGUACGCCGGGCUUGUGAUUCGAUAGGUCGCUGGUUCGAUUCAGCGCACCGCGAUGAGACUCCGGAUGAGUUUAACUUGACAGGCGGGCUAUCGCGACCGAUAUUAUGGUUCACGAUUGGGUUACACAUCAUCGCUUGGGUAUAAUGUCAAUGUUAUAACUAUAACGCUCCACCACCUGACAGAGCCAAUCAACGUGAUUUGAUGGACUCUGUCAGAUGGGUGAUGGAAGGUUAAAGUAAAAAAAUAGAUAUAUAUUUCGUAUAAGAAAAUUAUAUAAUACCUAGACGAUCUAACACAAAAAUAAACGAUAUUAAUGAAUAAACGGGUAAGCUUCUUAAAUCCCCCCCACCUCUGUCCACCCAGCAGUAUAAAUGGCUGCAGCACAGUGAGUUCGAUAAGCAGGUCACGUUUGACACGGAAUAGCAAAACAAACGUCUGGCCGGCUUGGAAGAGUAGACCAAAUUUCCCGGUCUGUAGAGCAGCCCCUCUUGAGCUCUUUUCUAAGUUUUAAGGCCCUCCCGCCAGCAAUGUUUACUUGCAGGGCUGCGCCUCUACCUCCAUGCUCGCUCCCGUUGCGCGAGGGAGUGCUUAUCGCUGGCCGUGUCGCCAAACAAAGCCACUGCUUCGCAAUUGACGUGCUUUGUCUUUCUGCUGUCGUUUUCCGUUUCCGUUAGGGUUGCCCCAAUUUUCGCAGUCACGCUCUCAAAAGUUUGCGAUCCCCCCCCACACACACACCCCUCUGGGGGUGUGUGUGGGGGGGGGGGCGGUGCUUUGAGCGCUCAUAUUUAGAGCAAUCAGCUCCUAACCGGCCUGAUGGGUAGUUUAUUGCCAUUCUUUAAUUGCUGACCAAAAAGUGACACUGAGGCACAAGCCGCGCUGAUAUUGCGUUUUUAAAUGUCAACAACUGUUAGUGUUAUGGAUUUUUAAGCAGCCUCAACAAAAUGCUUGUUGUUUUUUUUGUUUGUUGCUGCUCCCGCUGCCGACCACGGUGAGAGCUUUUGGUCAAUUUGAAAUAUCCCAAUGAGAUAUUUUUUACCAAAACAUUGUCUUUAGUGUCCAUUAUCCACCGCAGCAGCCGGUCAGAAUUUGUAUUCAACUGCGUGAAGAAGUGCUCACGUAAAAAAUGCCUUUGCAAGGAUUAAAAUAAACUAGCACAUCACGUGGGAUGAUUCUGCAGUGUAAUGGUUAUCGCACGCGACUUGUAAUCCAGAGGUCGUUGGCGAAAAUCGAUCUCCCGGCAAGCUAAUUGAAGAAAGUUUCUUAAACGCCACACCCCAAGUUGACUAUCUUUUUUUUUACCAGGUAAGGGCCACUGAGCUGUACAGCUCUUUUUUUCAGAAGCGAGCUGGUCACAAAUGGUAGCUCAACGAAGUGGGUCAUGUGGAAAUUUAUAACAGCCAAAUAAUCUAA